AUGGCCGACUCGGAGUUCGAGGAAUUUAGACAGAGCUUUGAAAAACUACCAUCGCACAGUAAAACAUCUACACCCUUUUACUCUUUAGUUCACGAUGUCCUCGUUGACGAAGACUCGCCGACGUCUUCCAAGAGUGACCUAGAAAACGACUGUGAUAACAACGCGGAUGGACUUUCCUCGAUGGGCGGUAAGAAGUCGGAGUCGUCGUCCCUAGGUGCCCCGACACCUCCAUGGACGGGCGAACGGAGGAGGCGGAAACUCCCGGAAAUACCCAAGAAUAAAAAAUCCGCUGUGGUAACAAUGUACAAUGCACAACAUCAGUUCUCUAGAGAAAUAUCACUGGCCGACGAACUAGGCAGCACCAGCAGCGGACCAAGCUCAAUCUUAGUAUUAAAAUGUGGAUAUCUCUGGGACGAUUCUCCUGAAUCAGACAGGCUGCUAACCGACGCGGACAGCGGUCACAGCACGGCCCAUUCGCCCACAGGAACGGAUGGGGCCAAGUCGAUGUCUCCUGUGAUGGGCAUGUCCCCUUCCGUGGUCGGGGGGUUGGUCUACAACGACGUGGACAUGUUGGAGGCGACACACCGGGGUCUCCACAAGUUCGUACCCAGGCACGAGGACGAGAUAGAGGUGGAGAUCGGCGACCCCAUCUACGUACAAAAGGAGGCGGAUGAUCUCUGGUGUGAAGGAGUAAAUUUAAGGACAGGGCGAAUGGGAAUAUUUCCAUCUGCUUACGCUGUUGAUUGUGAUUACACGGAUUGGGAUACGUCUUGCGAACAUGGACGUCGCGAAAGAUAUCUUUUAGGUUAUAUAGGUUCUGUAGAGACUUUAGCACAUAAAGGUACAUCAGUCGUUUGUCAGGCUGUAAGAAGGGUCAUUGGGAGUUCCGGAGGUGAUCCCGAUCUACAGCCGUGCACUUUAGAAGUUUCCGAUCAAGGCCUGAGAAUGGUAGACAGACGAAAACGAAACCAAAACGAGCCCUGCAUAGACUACUUCUACUCGCUGAAGAAUGUUUCAUUUUGUGCUUUUCAUCCACGAGAUCAUCGCUAUUUAGGAUUCAUCACCAAACAUCCCACAUUGCAGAGGUUUGCUUGUCACGUGUUUCGAGGACAGGACUCUACCAGACCCGUCGCCGAAGCAGUAGGUCGUGCCUUCCAAAGGUUCUACCAAAAGUUUAUUGAGACUGCUUACCCCGUUGAAGAUAUUUACAUUGAAUAAACAUUUAGUGCAAUAAAUAUAUUAAUUACAUAACAAUAAUGUAAAUACCAACAUUAUAAUGCUGUGUCAUCA